AUGGCUGCUUCAGAAGGAUAUCCUCUUCUCUGUCUAGAGAACCCCCUCCUGGAGAAGUAUGGCGUCAAAGCCAACGAUGCAAUUCUUGCUGAGGAGAAGCAUAUGGGUCUCUAUGAGGAUCUCUUGCAAAACUGCAAUGCAAAGCUAAUUGCCGGCGGUGCUGCGCAAAACACCGCCCGUGGUGCUCAGUAUAUUCUCCCUGAAAACUCAGUGGUCUACAUUGGAUGUGUAGGAAAAGAUAAAUAUGCAGACACUCUCAGAGAAGCUGGAGACAAGGCUGGGAUUCGGACAGAAUAUAGGAUAGAUGAUGUGCAACCGACGGGUCGUUGCGGUGUCAUUAUCACUGGCCACAAUCGUUCUCUUGUUACUCACUUGGCCGCCGCCAACGAGUACAAAUUAGACCAUCUCAAGCAACCUGAGAUCUGGUCUUUAGUCGAAAAGGCCAAGUUCUACUUCGUUGGUGGAUUCCACCUGACAGUCUGUGUGCCAGCUAUAAUGGCCCUUGCUGAAGAGGCGGCUGAGAAGAAUAAGACUUUUAUGCUUUCCCUGUCUGCGCCAUUCAUUCCCGCCUUUUUUAAAGAUCCUCUUGACCAAGUUCUUCCCUAUACUGAUUACGUUGUUGGAAACGAAUCAGAGGCGCUCGCCUUUUCUGAAUCUCACGGAUGGGGUAUUACUGACCUUGGUGAAAUUGCUAAGAAGAUGGCCAAUCUUCCCAAGAAGAAUGCUCAGCGCCCUAGAAUUAUUAUUAUCACUCACGGCACAGAGCCAACUAUCUCCGCUGUUGCCGAUGGGAACGGCGGUGCGGAACUGAAGACGACUCCUAUUAGGAAGAUCCCACAAGAUGAGAUCUAUGAUACUAACGGUGCUGGGCUAAUCAACGCUGCCAGUGACGCUUUCGCCGGUGGGUUCUGUGCCGGAGUGGUUCAAGGGAAGAGUCUUGACCAAUGCAUUGAUAUGGGCCAUUGGUUGGCGAACUUGAGCAUUAGGGAAUUGGGCCCACAAUAUCCUUUCCCUAAGAAGACUUAUACUGCGUAA